AUGUUACUAUCCAUUACCGGAAAUCUGUUGGUCAUAUUUUCUGUUUCUAGGACACCCUCUUUACGUUCGCCGUCAACAACUCUACUUUGUGGUCUGGCUGCAUCAGAUGUAAUUGUUGGACUUAUAGCGCAACCUCUCUUUAUCAUUCAAGAGCUGAUACCAAAUGACACUCUAUUUCAUGUGGUGUUCUUUUUCUCCUUCAACGGCUGUGGAGUUUCCCUAUUAACGAUGACACUCAUAAGUUUGGAUCGAUACGCAGCUCUUCAGUACCACAUGAGAUAUGCUACCAUGGUGACUUCCAAAAGGGUUAUCUGCACGCUAGCUACAAUGUGGUUUGUCAUAUAUGUGGAAUUUGGUAUCUACUUUUGGAAACGAGAAGUAUUUUUUCUCGUUGCUGCCUGUUUCAUCAUCAGCUGUCUCCUUUUAUCGACAUUCUCUUACGUUAGAAUUUAUCAAAUUGUUAAGCGACACCAGAGGCAGAUUCAAGCGCAGAACCAAGCGAUUCAAGGUCCAAAUAUUGGUAGUAACUUGAACAUAGCUCGUCUUAAGAGAUCCACCACAAACACUUUCAUAUUUUACAUGUUUUUGAUAUUGUGUUAUUCGCCAUUUUUUCCAUUACUGCUUGUCGAUGUCUUGUUGCAGAAUCAGGAAUGGUCAGGUAGCUUAAUGUAUGCGACCACUGGGGCUUUUAUGAACUCUGCCAUCAAUCCAAUCUUGUACUGCUGUGUUUUAAAAGAUCUUCGAAGAGCUGUUUUAAGAGCUGCAAGAAAGAUUUUUUGCAAGUGAACUUUUUAAACAUUUUUCUCAAUCGUCUUAUCAGCGGCUAAAUCAAAUAAUAAAUUUAGCAUAAACACUAACAAAUAUAACUGUCGAACCUGAAAUUGGGCUGUUGGACAUCUUCCUACUCCAGGUAAUCAGAAAUCGAAGUACAGUCUGUAUUCAUGCCAUGUAACAAUUUUGAAAACUCCGUCGUGUUUCCCAGCAACCAUGUGACACACGCUAGGGGUUCAGUGAAAUCUUGCUAAUUAAAUCAUAUGGAAUAAACAAGAAGCCUAAAAAUCGCGAGUGAAGAAAGAAAACUCAUUUUUGUUUUUCAAACGUAACAGAGAAAGUUGUAAAGGAACGUUAACGCCUUUGUCAGCUCUUUAAGAGCCAGAGGCGAACCAGCCAAGAAGAGCGAGACAGUAUUGGCCAUUUGUUAGUGUUUUGUCAGUAUUGAGGCAAUCACUGAGUAGUAUUUUGUGUGUUAAAUCUGCCAUCAAGUAGAAAUAAUCAGUAUAAUUAGCAGUAUAGCUCGACAAUGGAUAUAAUAUGUUUGUUCUUGUUUGCUUACAUGUUUUUGUCUUUGGAGGAAAUUUUUAACAUGACCUCCUAGGACCAAGGGGAUGAAUUGGAAAGUAGUGAAAUUUAAUUAUAUUAAAAACAGCACGUAUUAAAGGGCUAUGACCCUACUCAUUCUUUUCACCAUUUAAAAUAAAAAAAAGACUCAAAAAUACAUAAAAAAUAGCAACAAGAACAACAAAGACAGUUUUAAAUGCCGAUCUCACACUAAAUACUUCUAAGGUCACAUAAAAAUUCUUAUAUUCAUAUUCCUAUGUCAUGCCAUUAUGUUACGACAGCAACUGGACAAUUGUACUAUGAUGGAUGGCGAUUAUUGCUCUAUACAGUUUGUAAAAUAUUAUAUUUAUUCAAUAUACAAUACCAUGUUGCAAUAACUAUGCUUUGUUGAGCUUCGUAUUCUUCGGAAUUAAAAAUAACUGAAAUUGCAUAAUUUGUUUAAAACCCUUCAAUAAACUCAUCUUAAUUUCUAAAAAUGAUUCAUUUCUCUACGUUGAUCAUUUCUCUUCUAUUCUAAGACAAAUUUUAAUGAAUAAAAAAAUGUUGAAUUGCAAUCGGAUGAUAAGAUUAUUACAAUGAUGAUAAUAAGAAAAGAAAGUCAUGAUGUGGGGGCUUGUAAGCAACAGGGAGCCCAGCAUGUGCAUGAUUCUGGUACGUAUUUCAAUUCCUUACACGUUCAAAUAAGUUAUUUCUGCAGAACGUUAGAACUGUGAAAUGCUCGCACCCCUGUUGUGAAUACAGUGCGUAAUGUUAAUUUUGUAAGCAGUGGUUGCUUUAUUGCCAAGAAUAAUUAAGUUUGAAUAAAAAAAUGAAAUCAAAAAUUAAAAAAAAAAAACUAUUUUGUCUUUGAAGGUUUAACAGUUCGAUUAUUCUCUUGUGAUUUCCGUAUGUUAUAGUUGAUUCGGGCGACGCCUUCAUCAACUAUAACGCAAUAGAUAUCUCGAGCUUAUCAUCUGAUUGUUAAACCGUUAAGGAUUAUCACUUCCAAGAGAGAAAAUAGUGGGAUUCUUUAUAUUUCUGCACGCUGGAUUGGGAUUGUUUUUCUCUCCUUUUUUUUUUUUUUUUUUUUGAGACCGGGCAUACGAAUUUUAUUGAAAUUAAUAGUUCCGUCAACAAUUAAAUUCCUUAAAUACAUGACCGGGUAGAAUUUGCUCUUUCUUUAUUUUAAAAAAUUGAAUAGAUCAGUUACCAAAAUUUUUGAACUCCCCAGUUUUCAGGAUUUUAGCUAAUGUGCUUACAAGGUGGAUGUGUCAAAAUAUUUUCAAAUAUUCCUCACGCUUCUUAAUUACGUUGUUCGUAAACAUAGCAGCCUUUUUGCCGUCUUUAAAACUGCUGCCCGAAGUUCCCGAAGACGCCAACAGAGCAAGAUUGGAUUAGUAGAAGAACUCAUGAAAAUCACUGUUGUAGAGAUGUUCCAUACUUCGGACCAGUUCUGGAAGAUCGCGAAAAGAAACAUGAUGAGAAAUGAUGGAAUGUGAAAUAAUAAUAAAAACAGGUAAAAUGUGAAAGUGUUCACUACGCUUUUCUUGAAUCGCUUCCAAGUUAGAAUAGAGGAGGCGCCAACUCUUUGCACUGAUUGGUGCUGGUUGUGAAUUUGUCUCUGAUGUCGAUAAACAAUUUGAAAAAUGCGGGUGUAGGAGAAAGAUGCCAGCGUCAAACAGAUCAACACGAAACAGCCUGCAAGGAAAAAGUACGCACGUUCAUUCCAAAAGUAGAUACAAAAUGAGAGGUGAAUAACGAUCCAUAUUGUCCCUAAAACUUGGGUAACGCGAGUUGACGUUACCAAAGAGGUAUAUUUCAUGUGAAGGUGGAGAGCAGCGAGUCGAUCCAAGCUAAUGGCUGUCAUUGUCCAGAGAGAAACCCCACAGCAAUUGUAGAGGAAAAAGUAACAUGCACUCUGAAGUGAAAGAUAGUCUGACAAUUCUUUUGCGAUGUAAAGAGGUUGAGCAACGAGUCCAAGAAGAAGGUCCGAUAAUGCCAAACCAAAGAUUAAAAUCAUGGACGGUGAAUGGAGAGAAUGGUUCUUCAAUAUACUUAAUACUAUCAACGAAUUACCAGUAAUGGAUAUCAGGAUCAUGAUGGCAGUAAUAGAACAGUUUACGACCAAAACAGUGAAAUUUUUAGCGUCUCUUUCUGGAUAAUUUCUCAAUAAAUCGUUUUUCAAAAUGCUGUUGUUCAUUUUUCUUUCUAUUCAAAUAACCAUUGAUCCGAUUCAGUUAUAGGAAUCGCAAUUCCUUACUCAUUUUCUGAUUCUUAGCUGAUGUUACUUGUCAUAGGGACAUGUCCUAAGGCUUGGUGGUCGAUCUCACUUCUUGUUGUUAAAUGCCUUUUGACGUCCACAAGUCAUAAAUUUAAACCGUGACUGAGGCAUAGAAAAACUAUAAUAAUUUCAUCGCGUUGACUUUCCUUUUUCUUAAAUCAGGUAAUUAAAAAACAUUUUAAAUGCGCCCUUACGUUACUGAUAAUCACUCAUCUUUUGGAUUGACAUUAAUCACCACCAGAAUAAAAAAAAGUUAAACAGUGAAUUUGUUCUGGUUUUUUAAAGCGCAGUUUUAAUUUCCUGCAUAAGGGGUGCAUUUGGACUAUUUCAUUACCGGCUUUUAGCACCCUUCCGCCGUUGAUUAAACAACCAAUAGUGAACUUAUAUUAUUUUGUAUAUCUAAGGGGUCCAAUUCUGGGCGUGAAGAGAUUAUUGGAUUUUAAAGACUCCUAAUAAAAUAAAUAAAGGAAACCGUUGUUAUUGUUCUUUUUUAAUUUACUUUUUUCAAGUGUAAGGAAAAGAGGUUCCAGCUGCGUUCCUAAUAGAAUUUCAAUCUGUAGUGAUCAUGACUAAUCCACUUGCGUUUUUCACGUUACCAUGUUUCCCCUAAUAGUGUAGGUCCAUCUUUUUUUUUUUUUUUUAACAUAAACCUGGCUUCGCACAACCCACAAUUCCUCUAUUUGUUGUAACGAGGGGGCAAAGUUUCAAACGUCAGCCUGAGAAAAUAUGAACGUUGGCCAAUUUAUAUUGUGAACUCAGUUGUUAAAACCUAAUUAUUUUGAAAUACAUGAGCCCCCCCUCCCCUCCCCCCCCCCACACACACACACACACACACCUUAGUCGACUUAGUUCUACUAAAGAAUACUUAAAUUUGGACGGAGAACUUUGUGUUCAAAAUUGGUCUACCACUGCAAUAGUAAUAUGACAAUUCGUAUAGAAAAUUUCUGGCUGCGAGCUUAGGAAGUAGCUUGUUAUAUUUUGCGAAGAUUUUUCAGCUGAGUAAAGGUCAGUUGUUGAUUUUUUUUUGGGUAAAAUUUUUUUUCCGCUUUGAGGGCAGCUUUAGAUUCUUUAAUAGCAUUAUUAGACCGACAUACAAAAGCAGCAAAGUAGAAAGACAAAACACCGAGCCGUGUAAAGUGGUUCAAAAUCCAUCCAUACUGUUGCAUACUGUUUUCCUUCAAUUAAAUUUGUUUCUAUUUCCUCUGUUCGGAUUAAAUCUUUCAGAGUCCUCGUUAACAUUUACGUGAAAGUGCUAAAAACGUUUGUUAGUAUAUAUCGCACAGAAACCACAAUAAUUUUUAAAUUUAUCACUGUCAAUAUACCAAAUAAUCGGUUGUUGUCAUAUAUGUUCUAAUAUUAUAAUCAAUAACUUUUCACUUCAGUAUCGGUGAGCAGUGGUGGAUAUUUACUUUUACCGACACUAAGGUAAAUAAUUGUCUUUUUAGCAUAUGUUACACAGAGACCGAAGGAAAAAACAGUUUAUUUCUGUGAAUAUACCAAAAUACGGUCGGAAGUUAUCUGAUAUUUGACUAAGAAGCAUGACAGAAUAUUGCAUGACAGAUCACAAUAGUAAAGGAGUAUCGUUGAAUUAUUAAUAACUUACCAGUAGCUAAUGACAAAAGACAAAGAGAAGUACUGAAGAAGUCUUUGUGUAAUUACAUAUAAGCUUUACUGAUGCAACGGCGCCAUUGAACUAUAUAGCAAAACGAAUCACGAAUCACGUAUCUCAACUUGAGAAAGCCACUUUUACCCUGAUUAAAACAGUGGAAUGGAGGUAAUAUUUAUCUUUUUGUUCGCCGUAAAUUUGCUCGCAGCUAAAACAGAAGAAAGAUAAGUUAGCCGGUCAAAUUAUCAACCUCGAUAAAUUAAACAGGUGCUUAGAAUAAAGAUUGUAAAAUUGGAAUCAUAAUUCUGAUUCUUAACAUGAUUUGACUUCUACGGCGAUAGCCACCGCAUUUUCUCGCUGGCAUUACAGUCAAGUUAAAUGAAAAAAGACUCCUUCAAAUUUUAUGGACUGUUUUGUUAAUUUUCUUGAAUGCAUAUACUGUUUUUGUUUUAAACACGGGCACCUGCCAUAAAUUUGAAGUUUAAUCUUGUCAUAACAAGUGUUUACUCGAUACAGUUUUCCUGAUAACGUAUUUCAGCAUUGUCCUGAGAAGAAGAAUUUUAGACUUUGUGAGUUUAUUUGGAUAUCUUUUCAUAUGAUUUCACUUCAUCCUCUUUACGAUAACUCCAUAUAAGAUAUUUUCUAAAUUUCAUAUUACAAUGUAGAUUUAUGAUUAAGAUCUAAUACUCUGAGAUGGCUUCAGAAACUUUGAAUCAUUUAAAAAUUUUAAAUGACUGUAAAUAUAUGAAAAUCAUUUCAGCAUUGUGCUGAGGAGAAUUUUAGACUACGUGAGUUUAUUUGGAUAUCUUUUUUAAUAUAUGAUUUCACUUCAUCCUCUCUAUGAUAACUCCGUAUAAGAUCUUUUCUAAAUUCCAUGCUUAGUAUUGCAAUGUAGAUUUUAUGAUUGAGAGCUUUUAGUCUAAUAUUGUGAGAUGGCUUCAGAAGCAUUGAAUCAUUUAAAAUAACUGUAAAUAUAUGAAAAUCAUAUAUGUGAGCUACAUAUAUAGAAAUGAAGAUUGAAGCGAACCUCGCAGUAAUGAAUACAACGAGAUCUCGUGCUGGCCUGAAUUUUUUUUAGGUCUUAUUUUCACUUUGCUUAAGUAGUGUUCAUUACUGCGAGGAUCGCUUCCAUACUCAUUCAAUCAUUUUAUUAUACAGAAUAAAUGAAUACCAGAAUCUAUCUCGUUUUAGAAGCUUGAUAUCUUCACCGCGCAGUGAGCUUACCAUUUUUAUCUUCACGGUAAUCGAGAUUAACGAAAUGACGAUUUUACUUUCAACAUAAUCUUCUUUAUUUUAUUGGAUAACUAGAGUAAAAUGCAACUUUCUCUCUGACAGGAGUACAUUUUUCAUUACGAGAGGAGAAUUUGAAGUAGCUUUUUUACGGCUAAGUUUGCGUGCACCCAUAUCCGAUACGCUUUAAAUGCGUCGUAGAAUAAGCUUUACAAAAACACCUAAAUGAUAUCUAUUCAGAAAACUGGACAAUAGAAUUCCGCCUAUUGAUACCGAAUAAAAUUUUGGUGUCGAGAAGUCGACGAGUGGGUGAAGAAAACGAGUGGGAGAUGUUAUUUUGACGAUGAAAUUUGUGUCAACGCGCGGCCAGUCCCACGUCUUGGGAGGAACGAGUAAUCCUCCUGUAUCAUGGAGGGGAUGACAACUCAAAAAACGCUAAGUUCCCAAAGACUUAAGAUUCUCAAAAAGCCAUUCAAAGUUGCGCAGUUGUAACUUUUUUAAUACAUGCAAAAAUAGUAACUUAUAUAAAAACCAAAGUCAAAACAAAACGUUCCUUUAUGACUAACCACAAGAUCGGUAAUAUAAGCAUCUGCACCUGCUUAUGCAGAGCGUUUUCCGUAUUAACAUAAACAAAGGCGCCAGAACUUUUGUAAUUGAAGAGUUUCAUUUUAAAAAAAAAUUGCUUUCAGAAAUUUUCUCCAUUUCCCCCUCUCCAUAUAUUGCACAAUGGCUUCCUAAUAUUCUCUUGAUAUAAUGAUGAUCAUUCACAAAAAUAUCGUUUGUAGGUUAAAUUUGUCAUUUUUAAGGAGUUAUCUUUCUCUUCAUUGGAGAGUCUCAUUAUUCUUUCACUGAUAUCAAGCUGAUAAAAUGGUUAGCAAGGUGGGUCAGCAACGAUGUGUAGUCCAUACCAUAGAAAUGAACAAAGCCUCUCGUGUAAUUUGAUUGGCUAACUCCGAGGUGAAAAGAUUCCACUCCCUAAUUAAAUUUUUGAUGACAAUUUGGUCUUCUGUCGGAAAAACCUUAUUUGAAGUUAUAUAAAAACAGCUAUUCCACUCAGCAUGAGCGAAUGAUUGUUGAAUUAAAUCCUCCAUAUGUUUAUUUUCGUAAAAUAAUGGCUUUGGUUUAGAAGUUUCUCAAUUUUUAUUUUUUAUUUACUUUUUUCGGUGCUGCUUGUUUCCCAACGGGGUACUUUGUCAAUGCUUAUUAAGUAAUCUGCUUCUCUUGAAACAGAAUUCAGAUUAAACACGGCUUUUGUUUUGUUUAAACAGGUUUAAAAUAGUGGAUUAAAGAUGAGCAACAUCAGCGGAGAAAACAAGGGAUCGGUAGAUCCUGAUUCCUUCAGUGAAGAACCUGGUAAUUCUGAAACAUUACUGGUAAACAUAAACUGUGUUCUGAAUGUUCCUUUGAUGCUCGUAUCCAUUUUUGGAAACGCUUUGGUAAUACUUGCUAUUACAAAAACCCCAUCCAUUCGUUCUUCUUCUUCAAUGAUCAUGGUGUGCAGCCUCGCGUUUUCUGACUUUCUCGUUGGACUGGUUGUACAGCCACUCUACAUCGGGCAGCAACUAUCGAGAAAAUCCAUUUUACUUCUCCUCGAGGCAAGCAUAGGCCAUUCUGUUUGUGGUGCUUCAUUUUUGACGAUAACAGCUAUAAGUCUGGACCGCUUUCUCGCUCUUCAUUAUCAUUUACGUUAUUUUACUGUGGUUACCAAAUCCCGCAUCAUAUGUACCGCUGCAAUCAUUUGGCUGUUUAGUUUCCCAAGCAUGGGACUCUAUUUUUGGAAUAAGCGAUUACAUCGCUUAUUUGUGGGAUUUAUCGUCGUAAUCUGUUUUAUAGUAUCCACCUUUUCGUAUGUAGGCAUAUACCGCAUCGUUCGUAAACACCAGAGACAAAUUCACAUCCAGCAAAAUAUGGUAGAAGGCUUCAGAAGUGGAAAUAACAUCAUGCGUUUGAAGAGAAGUGCUGUGAACACUUUCUUGUUCUAUAUCGCUCUAAUUCUGUGCUAUUUCCCAUUUUUUGUAUUUAUUACAUUGACUGGAGUAUUCAAGCAGAAAUGGAAAGUGCAAUGGAGCUUUUCAGCCACUGUGGUAUUCAUGAACUCAUCUGUAAACCCAUUUUUGUAUUGUUGCCGUAUUCGAGAGCUACGCACUGCAGUUUUGAACACACUGAGAAAGAUGUUGUGUAAAAAAAGCGUUUAA